AUGGAGGCUGCGCGCCAGCUGUUGCAGACGGAGCACUACCAAGCUGUUGUGGAGGAAAGGUCUUUGGAUGGCCUUUGCGGCUAUCCACCUUGCACCAAGCCCGCUCAAGCAUUGCCGGCACGGCAGCGAUGGUCGGUAAGUUAUGGUUCGAGGGAGGUGAUUAGUGCCGAAGAGCUCCGGAAGUACUGCGGCCCGGACUGCAGAAGGGCGAGCUCCAGGUUCUGUUCCAGCUUGCAGCCGGAUCCCGUGUACAUUCGGCCGGAUUCUGCUGUGUUGCGUGCGAAGCAGGCGAUUGCUGGACGACAGCCGCAGGCAGAACAGGCAGAGACCGGAGCGGAGCCGAAGGAGACGAAAGUCAGAGGAACACCGGAGCAGGCAGAGGCGCCGCCAAAGGUGCGCCCUCGGGCGGUCGUCCGAUUCUCUCGGGAGAAGAAGGUCUACACGGUCCACUACCACGAGUACGACGGUGGCGGUGCACUGCCAGAUGUGCCCUCCAUCAAAGACGAACCCCUCGAUCCCGGCCGCGGCCGAACGCGGUCGUUGGUGCGGGAACGGCCGACGGCCGACGAUGACGUCGCAGAGCAGGAAGCCAGAUCGCCCCGGGAGCUCAAAGAGCCGUGCUCUGAUCCGGACGACGACGCCGCUCGUGAUGAGAGUGAUGGGGAUGACGACUUCUACGAUCCGGAUGUGAAGCUGGAUGGCAAGUCGGAGCUUGCAUGGGUCAGGGCAUGGGGAAUCCUCAGUGCUUGGCUGAGCGAGCCGGCCAGGGCGCUGCUGGCAGGAGCUCGAGAGCCAGAGGGUAUACGGGAGGAAAGGCGGCCCGGACACAAGGGUCGGCGAGACCUCCUCAUCGAGCUGCUGACCUCCCGACUUCCCGGGGAGCUGUCCUUUCUCGCAGGGCGCCUCUACGAGCUCGCCUCCGCUUUGUCUGUCCACCAGACCUUGCCUUCCGUGACCGAGCACCGGCUCUACGACCUGCUUGCAGCCAUCUUGAUUCGACGGCUCUACGAGAGCGACGCUGCAACAGGAUUGCAGCCGGACAGCUACGUCCUGAAAAGGUUGAAUCAACAAGUGGAGGAAGCUGCGAAAGCCUUCGGCAUCAGCGAUCAGGAGCUCCAAGUGCUGCUGCAACUGGUGCGAGGGGAGUCUGCCCGCUGCUGCAAAGUUACGAUGGCACUUCGGGCGCUUCGAGGAACCAGGCAGCUUCAGGCCGCACUCUCCUUGAGCCGCGGUGGAGGUCAGCUUCCGCUCCCGGCCGUCAGAUGGCACAAGACAGUUGCUGCCGAUGACGGUGCCGAGAAGAUCAGCUUCCACUUCAAGCUCCGCGACGGCUCUCGCAAGACUGUCUCGGUGCCUUCAGGGGUCACAGUGCUGGAGGCUGCACACAUGAACGAGGUUGACUUGGAGGGUGCUUGCGAAGCAUCAUUGGCUUGCUCCACCUGCCACGUCAUCCUCAACACGGACACCUACGAAAGCUGCGGUGAGCCUACUGAGAAGGAAGAGGACCUGCUGGACCUUGCACCCUGUUUGACACCCACCUCGCGCCUUGCAUGCCAGGUGGUCGUCGACGAGAAGCUACGGGACCACGAGGUGACCCUGCCGGCCAUGACCUUGAAUUUCUAUGCCGGACGCCGAGACGUGCCUGAGCUGUCCGAAGCUGCCGUCAGAUACACCCUCUGCAGCCCGGCUGCGCAGCGUGCCGAGAGCACCUUGCGCAGGCUGCUGCGCCGCCACCAAUCAGGUGGUGCCUGCUCUGAGUUGCCGGUGGCGAUCGCUCAGCAUGCUUGGCGGUACAAAGAGGAAGAGCUCGACCGAUGCCUGGGCCUGGCGCCUGGCGAAAGUUGCGUCAUGACCUGCCAGGAUUUUCCUGGCCUUCAAGCAGCCUUGAAGUGUGAUGGAGCCAACCUUACAGGCGUUCCACCACCCGGUGACUGCAGGCACCAGUUUGACCCGGACAUUGUGCACGCGCCGAGUGGAUCAGUGAUGGGCCUCCUUCGCCGGGUCCCGCUGAAAUGGCCCUCUGGCGAGGAGACAUCAGCGCUGGUGCGCACAUUCUGGGGGAUUCCUUAUGGUGAAGAGCCAGUGCGGUUUCAGGCAGCAAAAGCAAAGGCGAAGUGGACGGGAGUGAGGGCUUCCGCCGACUUCUAUGUCGAGCAGCCGGUGCUUUGUCCGAACCUACCCCCGCUGGGAAGGUCAGGUGAUGCCCAAGAGGACUGCUUGCAACUCCACGUGUAUGCACCACAUGCGCCUGCGCCCAAGCCCAGACCGGUCUUUGUUUUCCUGAUUCCAGGAGGCUUUAUCGGAACGGACUUUUUCCAGAAGGGCUGGUACGAUGCGGCACGUUUUGCUGUCGGAAACGAUGCAAUUUUCAUAAGCGUCGGUUACCGAAGUGGCUUCCUUGGCCACUGGGUUCACGAGCAGCUUGCCGAGGAGGAUCCCGAUGGGAGCACCGGAAACUACGAAGCAUUGGACCAGAGGCUGGCGCUACAAUGGGUGCAGAAGAACAUCCAGAGCUUCGGCGGUGAUCCAGGCCGUGUCACUUUGGCGGGACAUUCCUCUGGGGCCUUCUCCGUGAAUUUCCACUUGCUGAGCCCGGGCAGCCGCGGUCUCUUUGCCCACGGCAUCCUGGAAGGCACGGCCCUGGACAGCGGAUGGUAUUACAGCACCAAGGAGGAUGGCCUUAAAUUCUAUGCCACGCUGGCCGAGCAGCUUGGCUGUUCCGGCGCGGACCAGAUCCGGUGCUUGCGGGCUUUGCCGGUGAGCAGCUUCUACAACUUCUCCAACGUCACCUACCACGAGGAGCUGGGGAAGAUCAAGGGCCUCGGCAAGUGGGGCCUGGCCAAGGGCCUCGCCGAGGCGGCCUGGUCCGCCUUGGGCUUCCAGGGCAGCUUCCGCUCCAAAGGCUUGCAGCUGGGUGAUGUGCCCAUCCUUGCUGGGCCUCUGUGGCCAGUUCUGGCUGUUGGCUUCGUUGUCGAUGGUUCGGAAGCUGGCUUACCAGCACCGCCUCGUCUCCUCUACGAGAGCGGCCGCGUCAACCCUGCCAAGGUUUAUCUCAACCACGGCACCGAUGAAGGAACUGUCUUCGCCCUCAUCAUGUAUGCAGCAUACCCCUGGUACGAGGCUCCAUCCCUCUCCCAUGCAGCGACCGACGAAAUCAUGACCUGGGCCUUCAAUUCAUCUGUUCCACAGCUCUACCCGCAUGGACAUGGAGAUUCUGCCCCGUUCUAUCGCAUGAGUAGGGCGAUCGCCGACAGCACUUUUGUGUGCCCUCACCGGCGCUACGCACGUGCGCUCUCAAAGCAGAUGCCGAACUCAGUCUUCUAUGCUGAGACUACCUUUGCUGGGGACGACAUGCAAGACAGCAACUGGCUGUCAGCAGCAAUUCACAGAGACUUGUCAUACUUCGUCGGAGCCUGGCACAUGAACCAGGUGCUAUGGAUAUUCGGUGUGAACGACACAUUCAAAGUGUGCAACAGUACGAAGCCUACGAACCUUGGCUUCGAUUAUGCGUCAUGGCGUUCAGAAGACGAGCUCAUGCACAACCUGGUCAAUUGCCGCUAUGCGCUCUUCGCGCACUGUGGCAACCCUGAUGCGUCGAGCAACUCAUCCUGCGCCCAAGACGUGCUCAAGCUUCACAGCUGCAGAAACACCUAUGGCCUACCCCACGGUGCGUUGACUCCAAGACCCUUCCCACCCUUCGAGAAAGCCGAAGGGGGAGCGCGCUUCGCAAUGACGCCCUAUGCGGAGCCCAAGGUCGUAAGACCCAGCGCGGAGGAGGAGCGGGUGUGUGCCUGGUGGGACGCUGCGGCACCGACGCAUUUCAUCACCUCGGCUUGCCGGGGAUGUGCAGCUCACCACGUCAAGGACACGGAGGGGGCACACGUUAUCUUGCUUUGCUCAGAGGAGGUGGCAAAGCUUCUGCAACCGAGACGUCCUUUGACGUACGUCCGGGCCGCCGUUCCCUCGGAGGCACAGUUUCGGACCUGGGAUCCCCCGGUGCAGCCGGCAGAGCCGCGCUUGCUCCGUGUAGGAUUGAUCGGCCCACCAAACGCCGGAAAGUCCUCGCUGAUGAACAUCAUUCUGGACAAUCCAAUCAGCGCCGUGUCGCCAAAGGUGAACACGACUCGUGAGAAUGUGCGUGGCGUGAAGACGAUCGGCCACACCCAGCUAAUCUUCCUGGAUGUGCCCGGGAUCAUCCCAUCUCAUCAGAAGCUCGCCAACCGUGAUCUUGUUGCACAAGCAUGGCAGGGAUACCAGGAGUGCGACGUCUGCCUGCUGGUGAUCGAUGUAGUGAAGAGACCGAAUUCCGAAAUCUUCGACGUGGUCCGCAAGAUCUGUCCCAAAGAGGACAUUGGAGAGGCCGGGUUGCGGCGGCGCAUGAGAUCCUUGAUGGAGGUGAAUGACGAGGGCGAGCGCGAGCUUCCCGCAGAUGCCUACAACCUGCUGCCACGGUCUCUUCCGGGAUGGGCUGGGAAUUCCCUAGCAUCUCGGGCUCAGGACAGACCCCCUGUGACACUUGUGCUCAACAAAGUCGACAAAGCUUCGGAGAUGCGUUGGGUCAUGUCCAGGGAGCGGGAGUUCCGAACACAUGGCCAGUUCGAUGGCAUCUUCUACACCUCCGCCCUAAAAGCGAACGGGAUUGUGACUCUCUUGGAGCAUUUGAAGACCAGAGCGAAGCCAAGGCCGUGGCUCUAUCCGGCCGAGAUGAUUACGACCAUGUCUCAUACAGAGCAAGUGAAGCAAGUUGUGAACACUCACAUCUUUAAAAGGUUUAACUCCGACGUCCCCUACAAAAUCGAGCAGCAGACGGUCGGUUGGACCCCGCGCUUGGAUGGGUCGUUGGUGAUCGAGCACGAAGUUAUAGUCAAAGACUCGGUGGUGGCUCGCAUGAUUCUGGGUGUGCGAAACAGCGUCCUGCACGACUUGAAGCAGCAGGUGAGCGACACCUUGAAGCUGCUUUGGGGAGUCCCUGUCGAAGCCCGCAUCUGGGUUAGGCCUCUGAAGCAACGCCUCAGCAAAAGCGACAUGGCCCAGCUGGGCUACGAGUCACAGAGCUCAGAGAGCGACUUUAGAGAGCGGUCCGCACCGAGCCUUCCCAGCCGAGGCCGAAGUGAGAAGAGAGUCCGCUCAGCACCAAAAGGAUCCGAUCCAUCCCAUGCCGUGUUCCGUGCCAGUCAUGGCCCGUGGCAUGGCUCAAUGCUCGUGGGGCUCCAGAGCUUCUCCAGCGCUACCACCAAAACCAUCAACGACGCAUUGCCACUGCCUGCAAGUGAAUAUUUCUCAGCCUGCAGCUGUCAACAUUUCUUCUUGAGACAUCUUUAA